CCUCAUAUCCUAUUCUCUUCUUCUGUUUGCAGAUCACACUGUUACAGAUGGAGCAUAAUUUUGAUAUUAUGAAUCAUGCAUCUCGCGCCCUCACCUACAUGAUGGAGGCUCUGCCGCGCUCCUCGGCUGUGGUGGUAGACGCCAUCCCUGUCUUCCUGGAAAAGCUUCAGGUAAUACAGUUUAUCGAUGUGGCAGAGCAAGCCUUGACCGCCCUGGAGAUGUUGUCACGGAGGCACAGCAAAGCCAUCUUACAGGCUGGAGGUCUAGCUGACUGUUUGCUGUACUUGGAGUUCUUCAGCAUCAAUGCUCAGAGGAACGCAUUAGCCAUCGCUGCUAACUGCUGCCAGAGCAUCACGCCAGAUGAGUUUCACUUCGUCGCUGACUCUCUGCCCCUGCUCACUCAGAGACUCACACACCAGGAUAAAAAAUCUGUCGAAAGCACUUGUCUCUGUUUUGCCAGGCUGGUGGACAACUUUCAGCAUGAGGAGGUGAGAAAUGAUACACACAAACACGGCAAAUCUUAUUAA